CGCUUUCUUCGGGCAACUACGGCGCGCCGCUCGUUCUCGCUGCCCGGCGCAUGCGCGGUAGCCGCGUCACGUGACGCCUGUCAUGGCCGCCUCCGUGGCCCGGGGAGGCGUGAGUGCCGGGGUCUUACUACGGGCGGCCAGGGGCGCCUGGUGGAGCAAACCCGGGAGCUGUUCGGGGUCCGGGGAGGCAGCGGUGCCCGCGACGACCAGGAGGUUUCGGGUGACAGGCUCGCGGCCACCGGGCGGCCCCGAGCGGCCCGGGGACGUGGUGAACGUGGUGUUCGUGGACCGCUCAGGGCAGCGGAUCCCGGUGAGCGGCAGAGUCGGGGACAAUGUUCUCCAUCUGGCCCAGCGCCACGGGGUGGACCUGGAAGGGGCCUGCGAAGCCUCCCUGGCCUGCUCCACCUGCCACGUGUACGUGAGCCAGGACCACCUGGACCUCCUGCCGCCUCCCGAGGAGAGGGAGGACGACAUGCUGGACAUGGCCCCGCUCCUCCAGGAGAACUCCCGGCUGGGCUGCCAGAUCGUGCUGACCCCCGAGCUGGAAGGGGCCGAAUUCACCCUGCCUAAGAUCACCAGGAACUUUUACGUGGAUGGCCACGUCCCCAAGCCCCACUGACGUCGUGGCAGCUGGCCUGUCGUCCGGAAAGCCACGGCCCCAGGGCCACGACGGAAGGAGUCGCCGAGCUGCCCGCCCAGCCCAGGGCAGGACCGGAGAGCGAGCACGUCGGGGGCACCCCCAAGGCCAAAGCCCCUGCUUGGGGGGCGGGAAAGCCGAGUCCAGGCUCUGGUGGGGGCAGGGCGCCUCCUGGGGCGGCCUCCCCCUAACCCCGAUGAGAAUCGCGUGGGAACAGGGGUGUCCGCAAGUCGGAGCUGCAAUAAAAGCGUCUCACAGACCUCC